GCUGCCACAUUUUCUGCAAGUGUACAAUGCCUAGUAGCAGCGAGGUGGUAGUGUUUUUUUGCUUAAGCUUCAGUAUUUAAUCAAGCAAAGAACGUGUAGGAAACUACUAGAAAAUUAAGAAUUGUUAGCAAUGCAAAUGAGAAGUGGCGUAUUAAUUGCAUUGUGGCUAUGCCUCUCGCUGAAUGAAGGCCUGGCCCUACUGGAGAACGAAGGCGAGACUAUCAACAGAUGCAUCCAAAACUAUGGCGGACUUACUGCGGAAAUCGCCGAGCGCCUAGAACGAUUCAAGGAUUGGUCGGACGGCUACGAGGAAAUCCCCUGCUUCACGCGGUGUUAUCUGUCUGGGAUGUUCGACUUCUACAGUAACUUAACUGGUUUCAAUAAAGCCGGAAUUGUGGAAGUCUUUGGAAGCUCCGUCUACGAAGCCUGUCGACACAAAUUGGAACAGCCAUUCCAAUUGGGCGAGAGCAGCUGCAAACACGCCUACGAGGGCUUCCACUGCAUCACCAACAUGGAAAACCACCCGUUCACGCUUAUCGAGAACAUGCCAAACAUCUCCCCGUCGGCCAAGAGUGCAAUGAAGGACUGCCUGCAGAUUGUCCACCUGGACGAGUGGAAGAAGUUCGUUCUCUUCGCGGACUAUCCUGUCAACGAACCGAUUCCUUGCUUCACCCGGUGCUUCGUGGACAAGUUGCAUAUCUUCGAGGAGAAAACGCGGCUUUGGAAACUGGAGGCCAUGAAACAACACCUGGGCGUUCCGGCCAAAGGAGUUCGCGUAGGGAACUGCCAUCGGCAGCGUGGCAAGGACCGAUGUGCCACAUAUUACAAACAGUUCACCUGCUACACGCUGGCCGACUAGCCAGCGCCCUUUUUUAAAGCGGCUAUCAUUGUGAAGCAAAAUUAUAAACCGAUUAAAUAUUAAUUCAAUGGCA